AUGGCAGGAUUAGAAAGAGACCUCAAAGGAUCAUCCAGGCCAACUCCCCCUGCUAAGGCAGAUACCCUACAACAGGUCACACAGAUUUGGCUAAGCACUGAUGAAAGGUUUGUUUUUUUUGUUUUUUUUUCUAAAUCAGCCUGUUUUUCCCUUGUUAGGGAUGAAUUCAUUUGUUUCCACUUAGCAGCAGCGGUGAAACAAAGAAGUAGUGGCCAGUUUGCUGUAGUGAAAAAAUGCCGUGAGAAAAGCACUGGCCAGCAGUUUGCAGCAAAAUUCAUCAAGAAACGGAGAACAAAAUCUAGCCGACGUGGUGUGGGACGUGAAGAUAUUGAGCGAGAAGUCAGCAUUCUCAAAGAGAUUCGACACCCUAAUGUGAUCACCCUGCAUGAUGUUUAUGAGAACAAAACAGAUGUCAUUCUUAUUCUGGAACUCCAUUCUGCAAAAUAUUUGAGAAGUUGGUGGCUGAGAAGUCCGAUGAAGUCUCAGAUGACUGGAAAAAGGGAAACAACAUUCCCCUUUUUAAGGAUAGAAGGGAAGAUCUGGGGAGCUACAGAAGAGCUCUCCAUCUCCAAGUGUAGGAAGACAGGAAAGGAGAUCAGUGUAGCUGAACCAGGACCUACUGGUCAAACUGGAGAAGAAGAAGAAAAUGCAGUGAAGAUAGGGACAGGUAACCUGAUGCUGCUACAUUGUCAUGGAACACCUCCACUACUCAUUGCUGCUGGCUGUGGAAACAUUCAGAUGCUUCAGUUGCUUCUAAAGCGUGGAUCCCGUAUUGAUGUCCAAGAUAAAGCCGGAUCUAACGCGAUCUACUGGGCUUCUCGACAUGGUCAUAUAGAAACACUGAAAUUUCUGAAUGAGAAUAAAUGUCCUCUGGAUGUAAGGGAUAAGUCUGGGGAGACAGCUCUUCAUGUUGCAGCUCGAUAUGGGCAUGUGGAUGUGGUUCUGUUUCUCUGUAGUGUUGGAUCCAAUCCAAACUUCCAAGAUAAGGAAGAAGAAACCCCAUUGCAUUGUGCUUCUUGGCAUGGAUACUACUCCGUUGCUAAAGCACUUUGUGAAGCAGGCUGUGAUGUGAACAUUAAAAACAGAGAAGGAGAGACUCCACUCUUGACAGCAUCUGCUAGGGGGUACCAUGAUAUUGUGGAAUGCUUGUCGGAACAUGGAGCUGACCUUGAUGCAACAGAUAAGGAUGGUCAUAUAGCCCUACACCUUGCUGUAAGAAGAUGUCAGAUAGAAGUAGUUAAAACCCUCAUCAAUCAAGGCUGUUUUGUAGAUUUCCAAGAUAGACAUGGCAACACUCCUCUACAUGUGGCCUGCAAAGAUGGCAAUGUCCCUAUUGUAAUGGCACUAUGUGAAGCAGGUUGUAACUUGGAUGUCGCUAAUAAGUAUGGAAGAACACCUUUACAUCUUGCUGCAAACAAUGGCAUUCUUGAAGUUGUCCGGUUCCUGUGUCUUACUGGUGCCAAUGUGGAAGUUUUAACCUCAGUAAGAAGUGUUCUUGUUUUCUUUUUAGCAUUUGGCGGAAGGCUGAAAACUCCACUGCGUGUUGUUUUAGUUGCCACACAUGCUGAUAUAGUCAAUCUUCCUCGGCCUGCCGGGGGGGAGUUUUGGUAUGACAAGGAUAUGUCAUUCUUGAAAGAAAUCAGGAACAGAUUUGGAAAUGAUCUUCAGAUUUCAGAGAAGUUAUUUGUGUUGGAUGCUGGAGCAUCUGGAUCUAAAGAUAUGAAGCUUCUCCGAAAUCACUUACAAGAAAUAAGAAGCCAGAUAAUUUCUACUUGCCCACCUAUGACUCUUCUGUGUGAAAAAAUGAUCUCCGUGCUGCCUUCAUGGAGAAAAAUGAAUGGACCCAACCAGCUGAUGUCUUUGCAGCAGUUUGUAUAUGAUGUACAGGAGCAGCUUAAUCCCCUAGCAAAUGAAGAUGACCUGCGGCAUAUUGCACAGCAGUUGCAUAGCAUAGGAGAAAUUAACAUUAUGCAGAGUGAAACAGUUCAAGACGUUGUUCUUCUGGAUCCUCGCUGGCUCUGUUCAAAUGUCCUUGGAAAAAUCCUGUCAAUAGAGAACCCAAAAGCUCUCCAUCACUAUAGAGGUCGAUACACUAUAGAGGACAUACAGCGUCUGGUAACAGAUAGUGACGUGGAAGAAUUGAUACAGAUUUUGGACGCUAUGGAUAUUUGCGCAAGAGACCUUAGCAGUGGAGCAAUGGUGGAUAUUCCUGCUCUCAUCAAAACUGACAAUCUCCACAGGUCUUGGACAGAGGACGAGGAUGAGGUACUGAUUUACGGUGGUGUUAGAAUUGUUCCCGUGGAACAUCUUACCCCAUUUCCUUGUGGAAUUUUUCAUAAAGUUCAGGUGAAUCUCUGCAGGUGGAUUCAUCAACAAAGCACCGAGGGAGAUGCUGAUAUACGUCUGUGGGUAAAUGGAUCAAAGAUUAUGAAUCGUGGCGCUGAGCUUUUAGUGCUGCUUGUCAACCAUGGUCAGGGUAUAGAGGUUCAAGUUAGAGGACUGGAAACAGAGAAGAUCAAGUGCUGUUUACUUUUGGAUUCUGUAUGCAGCACCAUUGAUAACUUAAUAGCCACAACCCUACCAGGCCUUUUGACUGUAAAAUACUACCUUAGCCCUCAGCAGCUGAGGGAACAUCAUGAACCAGUAAUGGUCUAUCAGCCUAGAGACUUCUUCCGUGCACAGAGUCAAAAGGAGACAUCACUAACUAACACCAUGGGGGGAUAUAAAGAGAGCUUUAGUAGUAUACUGUGUUUUGGGUGUCUUGAUGUCUACUCCCAAGGAAGUCUAGGAAUGGAUAUUCAUGUUUCAGAUCUGAAUCUACUUACCAGGAGAAAACUGAGCCGACUUUUGGAUCCACCUGAUCCCAUGGGCAAAGACUGGUGCCUUCUGGCCAUGAACCUGGGCCUCCCUGAUCUUGUUGCAAAGUACAAUACAAAUAAUGGAACACAAAAUGACUUUCUGUCAAGCCCAGUCCAUGCCCUGCUGCAGGAGUGGAGUAAUGCUCCUGAGAGCACUGUAGGAAUCCUAAUGUCUAAGCUGAGGGAAUUAGGUCGCAGAGAUGCAGCAGACUUUUUACUCAAGGCAUCUUCUGUAUUCAAAAUAAAUUUUGAUGCUAAUGGUCAAGAGGCUUAUGCUUCAAGUUGCAACAGUGGCACAUCUUAUAAUUCAAUUAGCUCUGUAGUGUCACGGUAAGAAAAGAUGUUUUGCAUAGAUAUGUUUUCAAACUGCAGAAAAGAUAAAAGUAGAAGAGUUUCUGUACCUUUUCAAUUAUGAGGUUUUACAUCAAAGGGUCUUUAUUCUUCUUCAGCACCACCCUUUCCAGAAGAGGGAGGUUCCAUUGGUUUGAAUGACCCUGCUGGAGUUACAAGAACAUGCUACCUCUGUUUCACUGAAAUUGUCUGCAUGCUUAUCAUUGCAAGUGGUGCUUGCCUUUUAAUUUUUCUCUUGUUUCUAAGACGUUGGUAAUGACUCAUGCAGAGCAUUCAUGUGCCAAUACUGUGGGUACAGAUGUGUGAUACCUAAUCAACUUCGAUUACAGUCAAAUCAUAAUGUGAAAACCUCGUAACCUUGCCAAUUACUAUGCUUCUUUAUUACCAUUUACCUCAGGUAAAAGUUUGUUUCAUUAUGGAGUUCAAAAAGGAUAUAAAUGUGUUAGAUACCGCAGAAUAAUACUGUAUAGCUGUCAGUUGUAAUUUGUGUAUACCAAAUGGUUUUCUACUAUUACAUCCUAAGUUACUUCUUGUACUUGAAAAUUUUAAUGGGGAUAAAAACAAAAGGACACAAGAUUUCUUGCAGUGAGAACUUUAAAAUUGAUAUGAGGGGAUACAGCGCAUUCUGUUCUAAAAAGCAUGUAAUUUUAAUGGUGCAAUGUGUUUGUGUAUAUAUAUUGUAUGUAUAUAUAUUAAUACUAUUUUUUCCUUAAUCUUGCCAUGUAGUAAAAUUUUAAAGCAUUUUUAUACAAAUAAACUGUUGCUUGUUGCAUCA